AUGUCUGCUGAAUAAUAAGAAACCUGUUGCAAAGUUUUCAGAAACUAUAAAAAUGUAACUUUGGAAGAAUGCAAAUCUAUGGGAUUAGACGUUAGCAUAAAAUCUAAGAAAAAGUACAUACCUAGAAAUAUAGAAAAUGAAUAUUUAGUAAAUAUGAUGAUCUCUAUCAGAGGGUAAUCUAAAUUAGCUUCUGUAUAAAGCAAAAUCUAGAGUGAAGCUUCAAAUAAAGGUAUUUCUUACUUGAUACUUUUAGACAGAAGCGAGUCUAUGCAAGUAAACUAAAAAAUAUAGAAUGCUAAAAAAUCUGUAAUAGAACUCAUAUAAAAUUUAACUCCUUAUGACAGAUUUUGCUUAAUUCCUUUCGGAGGCUCAAAUGGAGUUGCUAUUCCUUUUACUGAUAGCAAUUCGAUAAAUAAAUAAGAAACUUUUGAGAUAAUAUAGAAUAUAGUAUGUAAAGGUAAAACUGAUAUUGUAUCUGUAAUAUAAACAGCAAUAAAUACCAUAAAAUAAGAAUAAAUUCAUUAAAAUACUAUAAAAUAAGAAUUCGAGAAAACAACUAAAAAAUCUUUACAAUAAUCAAUAAAUUCGAGUUUAACAAGAGUAUCCAGAAACAUUAAUGUUGAUGAAUUAGAAUUGCUUAACAUGUCAAAAAAACAUUAAAAUAAAAAUUCUUCAAAUUAAAUAGUGGAUAGAACUUAUUGCUUUGUACUUCUUUCUGAUGGCGAGGAUAAUAUACAUUAGAACUAUGCACUCUAAAGAAUAAGAGAAUGCAUAAAGAAUGAAACUUUGAAUUACUCAAUUAACUGCUUUGGAUUUGGUAUUGAACAUGAUGGAAACCUCCUUUCUAGUAUAGCUUAGCUCACUGGAGGAUAAUAUUACUACAUAAAAGAAAAUGAGAGUAUAUAUGAUUAUCUAAAGGAAUGCAAGAAUUUAUAAGGUGAUAUUUUGUUUGAAAAUGUAGAGAUUUAAAUAGAUUCUAAUUAAAGAGAUUCAGUUAACUAAAUUAUAAAUACUGAAAUUGUAGAUUUACCUUCUAAUUUUAUAUAAAUAGCUAAACAAAAUUCCUAUAAAGCUAACUUUUAACACAUUCAAAGUAAUAGUGAAAACAAAAUAUUUUUUAGUAUAAAAGUAAAUAAAAGUGAAUAAUAAAAUUAUUAAAAUUUUAGUUCUUCUUCAUCUUCAUCUGACACCUUAAGUAGCUUUAAUAGUUCUUCAAGCCGCUCAAUUACCUUAUCUUAAGAAGAACCUAAAUAAAAAGAGAUGAUAGACUUAACCUCAAUCGAGAAAUUAAUACUUGGUACAAUCAAAAUAUCAUUCAGUAAAAAAGAUGAUAAAUAAAAUUACAUGAGUGUUUAAACUCCUGUUUCUAUCGAGGUCAGUAAGAAACACGAGUAUGAAAUAGAUGUUUUGAAAGAAAUCACUAAUAGAAUUUUCAGCAAUAUUUUAGAAAAUUCAAUUUAAAAAGCAUUCACAGGAAAUAGUGAAAACGCUAAAUUUAAACUGGAAUAGUUAAAAACUCAAAUUGUUAGCUAUCAAAAUAAUUUGAAGAUCGAAGAAUUUAAAAGAAAUGUAGAAAUAAUAGAUUUUAUUCUAUAAUGUUUAAGUCAUAAAGAUAUAAACAAUAAUACAAUCUAUCAAAGAUAGUUGAAACUCCUUACCUAAGAAAUUGUCUUUUACUACAAAUACAAUUCAUAAAAAUCUUAAAAAAUAUCUGAGAAAAUUGAUCAAGUUCUUUAGAAAUAAGAAUUGUUCUUCAAUAACGAAUUAACCAAUAUGUUAACUUAAUAAACUUUAAAGGGAAAUGUAAACUGA